UCAGGAAGAACCGUGGGAAUUACGAGUGGGAGGGACGAUAUAAAAGAUGAGCGACUCGGGAAACUAGCAGAGUAGAAGAAUCGAUUUCGUGACAUAUCAUGUGGCGGUAUCGGACGAUCGGGCUGUGCGCCCUGCUGAUCCUCGGCAUCCACGCUCAAGAUGCAGAGACCAGAGCCAAGCGCAACGCAUACGCGUUUCAUGAUGAGCCAGAGAGAUUCGCGAAGUCUCUGGCUUUCGGAGGAUUAGAUGGAUUGGGAAGUGGAUUAGGAGGUGGAUUUGGCGGCGGAUUUGGAGGAGGAUUCGGUGGAGGUGGCGGCGGAGGUGGUGGAGGCGGAGGUGGCGGAGGAGGUGGUUACGGUAGCGGCGGAGGUUUUGGAGGUGGUAAAGGAGGUGGACAGGGUGGCGGAAGUGGAGGAGGACUUGGAGGAGGGCUUGGAGGAGGAGGUGGCCUCGGAGGCGGAGGUGGCCUUGGUGGCGGAAGCGGAGGCGCUGGAGGACAUGGAGGUGGACUUGGUGGUGGAAACGGAGGUGGCCUUGGUGGUGGAAGCGGAGGCGGCCUUGGUGGCGGAAGUGGAGGAGCAGGAGGACAUGGAGGUGGUUGUGGACCUGGAGGCUGUGGUGGCAGUGGAAGUUCUGGAGGCGGACUCGGAGGUGGAAGUGGACAUGGAGGUGGCCUUGGAGGCGGAAGUGGACACGGAGGUGGACUAGGAAGUGGAGCUGGUGGCGCAGGAGGAUAUGGUGGAUCUGGCUCCGGAGGUUAUGGGGGAUCCGGCGCCGGAGGUGGCGCUGGAGGCUAUGGAGGAUCUGGCGCCGGAGGUGGCGCUGGAGGUUAUGGUGGAUCUGGCGCCGGAGGUGGCUCUGGAGGUUACGGAGGAUCUGGCGCUGGAGGUGGUGCAGGAGGAUAUGGAGGAUCUGGCGCUGGAGGUGGUGCUGGAGGAUAUGGAGGAUCCGGCGCUGGAGGUGGCGCUGGCGGAGGACGAGGUGGCGGAGCAGGAUCAGGCGGUGUGACCAAGACUGGAGGAUACGGUACCGCUGGUGGUUAUGGUGGUGGAAGUGGCACUGGAGGUGGCCACGGAGGAGGUGCUGGUGGUGGACACGGUGGCGCUGGAGGUGCCGGAGGUGGUUGUGGACGCGGAGGUUGCGGUGGCGCAGGGGGUGGUGCUGGAGGUUAUGGCGGAUCUGGCGCAGGAGGUGGAGCUGGAGGUUAUGGCGGAUCUGGCGCAGGAGGUGGAGCUGGAGGUUAUGGAGGCGGUGGCGCUGGAGCUGGAGGUUAUGGAGGCGGUGGCGCUGGAGCAGGCGGUUACGGUGGCGCAGGUGGUGGUGGUGGUGGACGUGGUGGUGCUGGAGGUGGAGCUGGUGGAUACGGAGGCGCUGGAGGUGGAGCUGGUGGAUACGGAGGCCCUGGAGGUGGAGCUGGUGGAUACGGAGGCUCUGGAGGUGGCGGAGCUGGUGGAUACGGAGGCGCAGGUGGCGGAGCUGGUGGAUACGGAGGCUCUGGAGGUGGCGCUGGUGCUCCUGGUUGCUCUGGCGGUCCUGGCUGCAAAGGUGGAUACGGAGGAUCUAGCGCUUCUGCGAGUGCGAACGCAAACGCGAAUGCAAAUGCGAACGCAAACGCUUUCGCUAGCGCGAGUGCAAGCUCCAAUGCUCUUGCUGGUGCAGGCUCUAGUGCGACCGCAAAUGCAAAUGCCAAUGCUGGAUCUGGAGGAUUCGGCGGACAUGGCGGUUAUGACGGUUAUGGAGGUCCAGGAGGCCACGGAGUCGACCUCUUCUCCCGUAUGGGUGACGUCGACGAGGGCGUGAGCAAGAGCGGAACCGUGGACGGAGCCAAGGGUGUCUACAGCAGCAGCGCUGCCAACAUGGAUUCCUCCGGAAAGGGCACAUACAAAGUGUCUGCGGGCAAAAUAAAAUAAAUUGCCUUCCCCCAAAGAAAAUCAUCGAGAUUGCGGCGAACGCUGCGGAGUCAGUUGGCAUAUUUCCUUCCAAGUGGGAAACGAAACUUCAUCUGUGAUCGUCCAUAACGAAAUUUAUGUGAUUUAUACGUUUGUAAGCUUCGACACGACACGUUCAGGAAUUGUAGCUUGAUAAUUCCUUCUGUUCAUCCCUUUCCCUUGUUACUUUCGAUCGCGAAUAACAAUGGCGACGAGUCUCGCGUGACUCUAACCCUCUACUUUAAAAACGCAGCUUUAAAGUAUAUAAAUUGUACAGUUUUAAUAAACGAUUUGUCGUCGUA